AUGGCGCUUGUAUCUCGAGCAGGAGGAUCAUACACUGGUGUAUGUUCAAAGACUGGAACUAAAGCAAAUUCUUGUGGUGUGAGAAAUUUGGAUGUGUUGAAAAUGAAAGAAGCUUGUGUUAGCUCCUACUCUAGGAGUCUUUCUACCAAAUUCAAGAGAGGGCAUCGAUUGGUUGUUGCGGCAAGCCCUCCAACGGAAGAGGCUGUAGUUGCAACUGAGCCUCUGACGAGAGAGGAUCUUAUUGCUUAUCUUGCCUCUGGAUGCAAAACAAAGGAUAAAUGGAGAAUAGGUACAGAACAUGAGAAAUUUGGUUUUGAGGUCAAUUCUUUGCGUCCUAUGAAGUAUGAUCAAAUAGCCGAGCUGCUUAAUAGUAUCGCUGAAAGAUUCGAAUGGGAAAAAGUAAUGGAAGAUGACAAGAUUAUCGGUCUGAAGCAGGGAAAGCAAAGCAUUUCACUGGAACCUGGUGGUCAAUUUGAGCUUAGCGGUGCACCUCUUGAAACUUUGCAUCAAACUUGUGCUGAAGUCAAUUCACACCUUUAUCAGGUAAAAGCUGUCGCUGAAGAAAUGGGAAUUGGUUUCUUAGGAAUCGGCUUCCAGCCCAAAUGGCGCCGGGAAGAUAUACCCAUCAUGCCAAAGGGGAGAUAUGACAUUAUGAGAAACUACAUGCCGAAAGUUGGUACCCUUGGACUUGAUAUGAUGCUUAGAACUUGUACUGUUCAGGUUAAUCUGGAUUUUAGCUCAGAAGCUGACAUGAUUAGGAAGUUCCGUGCUGGUCUUGCUUUGCAACCUAUAGCAACAGCUCUAUUUGCAAAUUCCCCUUUUACAGAAGGAAAGCCGAACGGGUUCCUCAGCAUGAGAAGCCAUAUAUGGACAGACACUGACAAGGAUCGCACAGGAAUGCUACCAUUUGUUUUCGAUGACUCUUUCGGGUUUGAGCAGUAUGUUGACUAUGCACUCGAUGUCCCUAUGUACUUUGCCUACCGAAACAAGAAAUACGUCGACUGUACUGGAAUGACAUUUCGGCAAUUUUUGGCUGGAAAACUUCCUUGUCUCCCGGGUGAACUGCCUACGUAUAAUGAUUGGGAAAAUCAUCUGACAACGAUAUUUCCAGAGGUUCGAUUGAAGAGAUACUUGGAGAUGAGAGGUGCUGAUGGAGGUCCCUGGAGGAGGUUGUGUGCCCUACCAGCUUUCUGGGUGGGUUUAUUAUAUGAUGAGGAUACUCUCCAAGCUAUCCUGGAUCUCACAGCUGACUGGACCCCAGCAGAAAGAGAGAUGCUAAGGAACAAAGUUCCAGUAACUGGUUUAAAGACACCGUUUAGAGAUGGCUUGUUGAAGCAUGUCGCUGAAGAUGUCUUGAAGCUCGCAAAGGAUGGUUUAGAGCGCAGAGGGUACAAGGAAGCCGGUUUCUUGAAUGCAGUCACUGAAGUUGUCAGGACAGGAGUUACGCCAGCAGAGAAGCUCUUGGAGCUGUACAACGGAGAGUGGGGACAAAGCGUAGAUCCUGUGUUCCAGGAACUUCUGUACUAA